GGGACCCGGACGGGACGCGAGCGGCGGCGGCGGCGGCGGAAACCCCGAGUCGGUGUUUAUAAGCCGGAGCUGUCGGAGCGGAGCGGAGCGCCGUGCCCCGGGGCCCCGCCGCGGCUCGGUACCGGAGCGCGGAGUCGGGCUCGAAAGGCCGGGCGGAGGCGGAGGCGUUGGGGGGGGAGAAGCCCCGGCUGCGCUGCGGGGGAUGUGCGCACACAAUGGGAGAGGAGGCGCGGGCACCGUCCGGGACGCGGAGCCACAAUAACAGCCUGCCGUCUGUCUGACAUGGAGGGCCCGCAGGGGGGGCCGGGGGCCGCGGGCCGCGCCGGGCUCUGACGCGCUGACCGGGAGAACAGCGUUCUCUCCUCGUUCCUGCUCCGGACGGAGGGCGCUGAGGAGCCGGAGAGGAGCAGGGGGAGCAGGGGGAGCAGGGGGGGGGGGGGAGGACGCGGCUGCUGCCUGUUUAAAUUCCGCUGGGAUGAAGGCGGAAUGUAUUUCCUGCACAUCUGGAAGAGAGAAAAGUGAUUUUUCCAGGCUGGAUUUUACAAAAAAAAAAAAAAAAGCGGCGAGGGUGCUGAGGUCGGUCUGAGAUAAAUUUAAUGGGAUAAAUAUUAGUUUUUUGAGAAGCUGCAGGGCUGUUUAGUCUGAUUCCAAGUGCAGCACGUCCAUAUUGAAGGAGGAGGAGGAGGAGGAGAGGGAUGUACCUUCUGGACAGUGACUGCUCUGACAGGAUGGAGAGGGGAACUCCUCAGAGGAAGACUGUUUACCGCAUCUCUCUCACUCUGGUGAAGAGGGAGAGUCUGGACGACGCCUCGGCGGCCCGGCGUGCCGAGAACCCGAAGCUGGCGGCCUUCCGCAGGGACAGCUCGGCGGAGGCGCCGCGGAGCGGCGGCGGCGGCCUCCUGGAGCAGCUGAAGGAGGUGGAGAACGAGUCGGAUGAGUUCUCCUCGUCGCACGGCUACAUGAGGAACUUCAGGACGUUCAGCACGGGCCAGCUGGAGCUCGGCAGGCUCAAGAUCUCCAAGAUGCUCCAGAGGGACCUGAAGGCGAAGGCCACCAGCCCGCUGGCGGAGACCGCCCCCAGCCCCGGUCAGGAGGAGGCGCGGCCGGAGCGCCCGGCGGCUGCAGACGGGCCGGAGGAGGAGGGCGGCGCUCCCGCUGCUGCUCCGGCGCUGGAGAACGGCGGCAUCAGCAGGAAGAAGAGGCUCCUGAAAGCCAGGAGCAUGGAGGAGAGGAGCGGCGAGGCUCCGCACAGCGGGGACGGGAAGACGCCGCACUCCAGAAGCAACGGCAAAGCCGCCUCGCCGGAGACGCCCCCCGCCGCCAAGCGGGCGCCGGGCCUGCUGCGCCGCAGCUUCAGCUUCAGGCACUGGAGCGGCGGCGAGCUCCUGCGGCUGCGAGCGCUCUCCAAGGACAAGCACCACAGCAGCUCCGGCUGCAUCGGGCAGGACGGCGGCGAGAAGGACCCGGAGGUGGCGGCGGCGGAGACCCCCCCUCUGGCCGCCCGCCUCGCCGACCCCCUGAGACAGAAGAGCCGGACGCUGGAGGUGGGCGCCGUCCUCAACAAGACGGACUCCAUGUCGGAGCUGAGCCGCUGGGAGCGGGCGCGCGGCGGCAAGAACCGCACGCUGGACAACAGCGACCUCCUGCGGCUGGCGUCCGAGAAAGAGGCGGCCGGGGGCAGCGGCGGCGGCGGCAGCGGCUUCCUGCUGCGGGGCGGCGGCGGGCGCUCCAGCGAGCGGCGCCUGGUCCGGUUCUUCAGCGGGAUCUUCUCCAGGAGGGACGGCGCCUCCACCUCCACGCCGGUGGGCAGCCCCGCCGCCAGCAGGUCCCUGCGCCGCAGCCGGAGGGCGGCGCUGUCGCAGUCCAGCACGGAGAGCGUGAACGGCGGCGCCGAGGAUGCGUUCGUGAACAGUCAGGAGUGGACGCUGAGUCGAAGCGUGCCGGAGCUCAAAGUGGGCAUUGUGGGUAAUUUGGCCAGCGGGAAGUCGGCGCUGGUCCACAGGUACCUGACGGGAACGUACGUCCAGGAAGAGUCGCCCGAAGCUGACGUGGAUGCAGGCGGCCGCUUCAAGAAGGAGAUCGUGGUGGACGGCCAGAGCCACCUGCUGCUCAUCCGAGAUGAAGGAGGCCCGCCGGAGGCUCAGUUUGCGUUGUGGGUGGACGCCGUCAUCUUCGUCUUCAGUCUGGAGGACGAGAUCAGCUUCCAGACGGUCUACCACUACUUCAGCCGCCUCGCCAACUACAGGAACACGGCCGACCUGCCGCUGGUGCUGGUGGGAACGCAAGACGCCAUCAGCUCCGCCAACCCGCGGGUGAUCGACGACAGCCGGGCCCGGAAGCUCUCCAACGACCUCAAACGCUGCACGUACUACGAGACCUGCGCCACCUACGGCCUGAACGUGGAGCGAGUCUUCCAGGACGUGGCUCAGAAGAUCGUGGCCACCAGGAAGAAGCAGCAGCUCUCCAUCGGGCCGUGCAAGUCGCUGCCCAACUCGCCCAGCCACUCGUCCGUCUGCGCCACGCAGGUCGCCGCCGUCCACAUCACCCAGACGAGCAACGGCGGCGGCAGCCUGAGCGACUACUCGUCGUCGGUGCCGUCCACGCCCAGCACCAGCCAGAAGGAGCUGCGCAUCGACGUGCCGCAGACCACCAACACGCCCACGCCCGUCCGCAAGCAGUCCAAACGCCGCUCCAACCUCUUCACCUCGAGGAAGGCGAGCGAGCCGGACAAGGACAAGAAGGGCCUGGAGGCUCGGGCCGACAGCAUCGGCAGCGGGCGAGCCAUCCCCAUCAAACAGGGCAUGCUGCUGAAGAGGAGCGGCAAAUCCCUCAACAAGGAGUGGAAGAAGAAGUACGUGACGCUGUGUGACAAUGGGCUGCUCACCUACCACCCCAGCCUGCACGACUACAUGCAGAACGUCCACGGGAAGGAGAUCGACCUGCUGAGGACCACGGUCAAGGUGCCGGGGAAGAGGCCGCCGCGCGCCGUGUCCACCUGCGCCACCGCCGCCGCGCCCAGCCCCAAGACCAACGGCCUGACCAAGGACAUGAGCGGCCUGCAGCUGGGCCAGGCGCCAGGCACGGUGACCAGCAGCACGUCGGCGUCCCAGAUGGCCAGCGGCGUCAGCCUGGUGUCCUUCAACAGCCGCGGCCUGGAGGGGAUGCACCAGCGCUCGUACUCCGUGUCCAGCGCCGACCAGUGGACCGACGCCACCGUCAUCGCCAACUCCGGCGUCAGCACAGACACGGGCCUGGGAGACUCGGUGUGCUCCAGCCCCAGCAUCUCCAGCACCACCAGCCCCAAGAUGGAGCCGCCGCCGUCGCCGCACGCCAACCGCAAGAAGCACCGGCGGAAGAAGAGCACCAGCAACUUCAAGGCCGACGGCCUCUCUGGUACUGCGGAAGAGCAAGAGGAGAACUUCGAGUUCACCAUCGUGUCGCUGACGGGCCAGACGUGGCACUUCGAAGCCACCUCGUACGAAGAGAGGGACGCCUGGGUCCAGGUCAUCGAGAGCCAGAUCCUGGCCAGCCUGCAGUCCUGCGAGAGCAGCAAGAACAAGUCUCGCUUGACCAGCCAGACGGAGGCCAUGGCUCUGCAGUCGAUCCGAAAUCGAGGAACGGGCGCGUGUGCCGACUGUGAAGCUCAGAACCCGGACUGGGCCAGUCUGAACCUCGCCCUGAUCUGCAUCGAGUGCUCGGGCAUCCACAGGAACCUGGGCACGCACCUGUCCCGGGUCCGCUCCCUGGACCUGGACGAGUGGCCGCUGGAGCUCAUCAAGGUCAUGUCGGCCAUCGGCAACGAGCUGGCCAACGGCGUGUGGGAGGCCAACACUCAGGGACGCCCCAAACCGGCGCCGGACGCCAGCAGGGAGGAGCGCGAGCGCUGGAUCCGGGCCAAGUACGAGCAGCGGCUGUUCGUGGCGUCGCUGCCCUGCACCGACCUGUCCCUGGGCCAGCAGCUGCUGAGGGCCACGGCGGAGGAGGACCUGCGCGCCGUGGUGCUGCUGCUGGCGCACGGCUCCCGGCAGCAGGUCAACGAGACGUGCGGCGAGGGCGACGGGCGCAACGCGCUGCACCUGGCCAGCCGCAAGGGCAACGUGGUCGUCACGCAGCUCCUCAUCUGGUACGGCGUGGACCUGAUGGCGAGGGACGCCCACGGGAACAGCGCCAUGGCGUACGCCCGGCAGGCCGGCUGCCAGGAGUGCGUGGACACGCUGGCGCAGUACGGCUGCCCCGACGAGCGCUACCCGCUCAUGGCCACGCCGAACCUGUCGCGCCGCAACACUAACCGCAACAACAGCUGCAGCAGCAGCGGCAGCGCCGCGCUCAUCUGACCCCCCCGCCGCCGCCCGGGAGGAGAACUCAGACCGCUUCUGUUGGGAACCACGAACUGCAAAGCCCCGCCCACUUCACCCGGCAGCUGAGACUGCGUUCACGUGUCAGGCCGUGUGUGUGUGUGUGUGUGUGUGUGUGUGGGGGGGAGUCCCAAAGCAUGCUGGGAAAAAAACGUGGUCCACAGUCAUCGCAUCCGCAGGCCCGACCGGAGCAUCCUGGGAGAUGGUCGCACGACUCGCGACGACGGGAGAAAUCAUACCUCAACACUUACCGGGCCAGUUCCUGAAUCCCCCCCCCCCCCCCCCCAGCGGCCAAUCAGAGUCCAGGAUCCCUCCAACAUGUCGUCAAGGCAACGCGACGAUGGUAGCGCGGCGCCGCGCGGCUUCGGCGUCCCACCACUUUAAUUCUAUGUCAUCUGUGAACUCU